AUGGAAACAGUGAGGUUUGUGAGCAUAAUAUGACUAUGCUUAGAAGCAUUGAUUUACAUUCCAGUAGGAAUUCUACUGAUGUUCAGGUCAUCAAAAGUGCCUAUCAAGAAUAUGAGUCCGUGCUUAGUUCACUUGUCACAUUGGGGAAACUAUAUAGAAACUAAUGUUUACCUUUUUGCUCUUUACUUUAGUCAUGACUGCCAUCCUGAUAAUGAUGAAAGCUAUUUGCAAUAUAUUUAUCAAACGCUAUCAGUUCUUUCUAGAUAUUGCUUAUUCUUAAGCUAUGUUUUAAGAGGAUAUAGAGUUUACUUUAUUUUUCACUUACUCCCUCCCCCAUCCUUGAUCGAACGCUCGCCAUCGUUCGAUCAAGGAUGGGUGUUAAAAAAUUUUUUUGGGAAAAAAUUUUAUAUAUAAAAUAAAAAAUUUAUUGUUUUUUUUAAUAUAUUUUUAAAUAGAGAGGGUUAAAUGUAUUUAAUCUUUAUUUUUACAGCAAAAAAUUGAAUUAAUUUCAUAAGAAUACCAAUUUUUAAUAUUUUGAUUUUUUGGUUACCACUUUAAAUUUUAUAAAUUUUUAUUUAUUUCUUUAUAGAAUUAAAAAUUUUUAAAUUUUUAAAGAAUCUCUAUUUUUUAGAUUAUUGAGUUUUUAAGCCCAUGUUGAUGACUAAAGCACUUCGAAUAAUUGAUUCCGUAGCUUUCUGUCGUCUCAAAGCCUCUUAAAACAGCUUCAUUAGGCACAUUUCCCAAGCUUUUGAUAGCUAAUAUAUUUUUAUAUAUAUAAAAAUUGUCAUGAUAUGAAAAUAGUUCGAUCAAGGAUGGGGGUUAAUUUCCCCCAAUUUUUAGGAAUUUUUACAGCCAAUCGUUCUAUCAAGGAUGGGGGGGAGUUAGAUAAAAACUGAGACAAAAAUGACAGCAAAGACCAACAUUUCAGAAACAAUAUACACAGAACGCACCAAGAAUGGCUGCUUAAGGUAUUUUGCUAUUUAAUGCUCCCAUUCAUCGUAAUUGCACUUUUAAACCUUGUUCCUCAGAUUCACGAAUAUUACCCAUCAAGCUACUGCAACGCCCGAGGGCAAGAUAUCGAUCUCUACACUUUAAUGGCUUAUGUAAUUACCUCAUUUUUCGAAGAACUUAUUUUUAUUUUCCUCGUUUACUUUUUACGAAAUGUAAAUGACGAUUUCCAAAUGCAAAAAGAACUGACUUUUGUCUGCUUUCUUUGGUUUGUCGGUGGAUUUUUCACAAUAAAUUCAUUAGAUACAAAAUAUACUGUUUAUAUAAAAAAUGCUUGGAGAUGGGCUUUCUUAAUUCGAGACAAUGUCGCAAUGAUAGCAACUUCACUUUUCCCAUUAUUCAGGACUUUUCAUAAGGAAGACUUCUCAGAAAGCUUGACAAUAGAAAUGCUACAGUCGCUCGAUUUAAUUUUAAGGUGCAGAGUGACUUUAGACGCUUUUGAGCAAGCAAUAACAGAAUAUCCAGAUGAUGACAAAGGGCCUGAGUUUAUUCAUUUGUGGCUGAAAUGCGAAUAUUAUAAUCAUAUUCCUUCAGAUGAGACAGAAAAGGAAAUCAAAAAGCAGGCAAUGGAGCUAAAUAUCCCUGACAGGGAAUCGGUUAGAGUGAUCCAGGCCCAUACUUACAGCACUUUGCUGAACCAGUAUUAUCCGAUGUUUAUAAAUUCGCAUAUGUUUACAUAUUUAGAACAGUCAAUAACAAGACAACAAAUUUAUCAGAACAGAAUUAUGGCAACUGACAAGAUGAUAAAUAGCAGAAGGAUUGAGAGCGAAAUGCAAGAUACCAUAAGUCAGCUGCACAGUUAG